CCCUCCCGCGCUGGGAACGGAGUAAGGAAGGAAAGAGGGAAAGAAGGAAGGCAGAAAGGGAGGAAGGAGGGCCCGAUCCCACCCCCGGGAGAUCCCCGCCUCUGCAGAGAGCCGGAGGGAGUCCUUGCCUGCUUGCUUGCCCGUCGACCUGCCUGCCUGCCUGCCUCCCUCCCUCCCGCGGUGCCUGGGGGCUUUGGCAGCGCCUCGUCCUCCUCCUCCUCCUCCUCCUCUUCUUCCUCCUCCUCCUCCUCCUCCUCCCGCCCCGCCUUCCGGAGCCGAGCCCCGGCGGCUCAUUGCGGAGCGUUGCAGCCUCCGCCGCUGCUGCCGCGAUGGCGACCACCGUGACCUGCACCCGCUUCACCGACGAGUACCAGCUGUACGAGGAAAUUGGCAAAGGGGCUUUUUCCGUUGUGCGACGCUGUGUCAAACUCUGCACUGGACAUGAAUAUGCAGCCAAGAUUAUCAAUACCAAGAAGCUCUCAGCAAGAGAUCACCAGAAAUUGGAGCGAGAAGCUCGAAUUUGCCGUCUCCUGAAGCAUUCCAAUAUUGUUCGCCUCCAUGACAGCAUAUCAGAGGAAGGCUUCCACUACCUCGUCUUUGAUUUGGUCACAGGCGGUGAACUCUUUGAAGACAUCGUUGCCAGAGAAUACUACAGUGAAGCCGAUGCAAGUCAUUGCAUCCAGCAGAUCCUGGAGGCUGUGCUCCAUUGCCACCAAAUGGGGGUCGUCCACAGAGACCUCAAGCCGGAGAACCUACUUUUGGCCAGCAAAUGCAAAGGGGCAGCGGUCAAGUUGGCAGAUUUUGGCUUGGCGAUUGAAGUGCAAGGAGAUCAACAAGCCUGGUUCGGUUUUGCAGGCACCCCUGGUUACCUUUCUCCGGAAGUUCUACGCAAAGAGGCUUAUGGCAAACCUGUGGAUAUCUGGGCAUGUGGUGUUAUACUUUAUAUCUUACUGGUUGGGUAUCCUCCUUUCUGGGAUGAGGAUCAGCACAAACUGUACCAACAAAUUAAGGCUGGAGCCUAUGAUUUUCCUUCUCCUGAGUGGGAUACAGUCACUCCUGAAGCAAAAAACCUCAUAAAUCAAAUGCUAACCAUCAACCCAGCAAAGAGAAUCACAGCUCAUGAAGCUCUUAAACAUCCAUGGGUCUGUCAACGUUCAACAGUGGCCUCCAUGAUGCACAGACAGGAGACAGUCGAGUGUCUGAAAAAGUUCAAUGCCAGAAGGAAGCUCAAGGGUGCAAUUCUUACUACUAUGUUGGCAACAAGAAACUUUUCAGUGGGCAGACAGACCACCGCUCCUGCCACAAUGUCUGCAGCAGCAGCAGCCUCCGGUGCCACCAUGGGGUUGGUGGAGCAAGCUAAAAGUUUACUGAAUAAGAAAGCUGACGGAGUGAAGCCUCAGACAAACAGCACCAAAGGCAGUGCCGGAGUUACCAGCCCCAAAGGGACUCUUCCUCCCGCCGCACUGGAACCUCAAACCACCGUUAUCCAUAACCCAGUGGACGGCAUUAAGGAAUCAUCCGACAGCACAAACACCACCAUAGAGGAUGAGGACACAAAAGUUAAGAGCACUGAUAAUGAGGUUGUAAAAAGCCAUGUGAAUUUAGGAUCUGCCCCUGAACUUCCUCCAAAUCCGCAGACAUCUUUGAUGCCCUCUGCUGCCACUGCUGCUAUUGCUGCUGCCUCCACCAAACUGUGUGAUGUAUUAGGCAUGGUGCAAAGAGGACCUGGGCCUUUAGAAGGUGAAGUGUCAGCAGCACCGGUCUCUCCAUCUCCAGCUGUUGUAAACUCUCUGUCUCCUCAGUCUGCCAAACUGUCUGAUGUAUUAGGCAUGGUGAAAAGGGGUUCUGGGGCCCCCAGUGCUGAAGAGCCAAAGCCUUGCAGCCCCCUGCUCAGUCUAGCCUCAGGGGUUGCAAAUCCAGUUCCUUUCCAGUCUGCCAAAUUCUCUGAUGUACUAGGCAUGAUGAAAAAGGGUUCUGGGCCACCAGAGAGUGAAGAACCAAAGUCCUCAGUCCCCAAUCCAUGCCUUCCUUCCAACAUUGCCAGCAUUUUUCCUCCCCAAACUACCAACUUGUCCGAUGUCCUAAGCUUGGUGAAAAGGGGCUCUGGAGCCCCAGAAGCUGGGGGGCCACAGCCUGCUCUCACCCCGCUUUUCCCACUUCCACUCAUCACAAACCCUCUGCCUUCAGAUCCACGCAAGCAAGAAAUCAUCAAGAUCACAGAGCAGCUGAUAGAAGCUGUGAAUAAUGGGGACUUCGAGGCCUAUGCAAAAAUCUGUGAUCCAGGCCUAACAUCAUUUGAACCUGAAGCGCUGGGCAACCUUGUUGAAGGAAUGGACUUCCACAGAUUUUACUUUGAAAACUUGUUAUCUAAGAACAACAAGCCCAUCCACACAACUAUCCUGAACCCUCAUGUGCAUGUAAUUGGGGAAGACGCCGCCUGCAUUGCCUACAUCCGCCUGACACAGUAUAUUGAUGGGCAGGGCCGUCCUCGCACAUGCCAGUCUGAAGAGACCCGCGUCUGGCACCGCCGUGAUGGCAAGUGGCAGAAUGUCCACUUCCACUGCUCAGGAGCACCAGUGGCACCACUCCAGUGAAGAACUCAUGCUGGCUGUUCUGGCUUCUUACCGAAGGAGACGGUGAUUUGAGCGGAGCCGCUAGCCAGGAGCCGCGGUGACAAGCACGUGCCCGCAUGCUCGUGUCCCCCCUUCCCAUCUCCCCCCGUUUCAUUUCCAGUGCCUGUGUUUGCAAAAAGAAAAAGAAAAAAACACAUAAGACAAAAAAAAUAUCCAACCAGACUCAAUUCUAAAAAAAAAUAAACAAAAAUAAAAAACAAAUCAGCAAACCCAGCCAAACCAACCCAGCUGUCCAAUUCGCAGCGUGGCCGCACUACGCCUCCCAUCCCCACCAACCUCCAUUUCUUUGUGUCCGUCCGUCUGGCUGUUCAGGUGACCAGGUGUUGCAAUGAAAAUGUCUCAACUUCAAACAAACAAACAAACAAGCAAAGGCUCCACCUUCCUGUGUCGACCCCAGUGUUGAACGGUGUUAGUUUGUUAGGUGAAAAAUGCAUAUAUAUAUACAUAUAUAUAUAUAUAUAAAAUAUAAAAACAAAACAAAAAAAACCCACAAAAAACUUUUACAGUAUUUGCAUUCUCUGCCAAAGCAUGGGCCUUCUCCAGUGGUUGUGUUCGCGCUUGGAAGUCUGU